UCGCUUCAGUAUGAGGAAGAACUUCAUUCUCAUUGAACUGAUAAUUGUAAUCUUUUUCCUUUCCUAUUCCAAUGCCGAUUUUGAGGGAGGAUCGGAAACUGAAAAGAGAUCUUCACGGAGAGUUUGGUGUAAUCCACGGACAGGAUUACGAAUAACAAGGUGUAUAUCAUGGACGAAAAUAAAGAAAUACACGUACAGGAAAUGUGGGUUUUGGCUUCGGAGAAGGUGUAAAUCUGGGACCAAAUAUUACUGGAUAUCAAAGUCUAGAUGGUGCACUAAAAAAUGCAAAGUGAACGGGGGAUGGAGUGCAUGGAGGGGCUGGAGGGGGUGGGGAGCGUGUUAUGGAAGUUCAUGCGUCGGACAUCAAACGCGGUACAGAUUAAGGACCUGUACCAGACCUCGUCCAUUAAACGGAGGACGCUCUUGUCGUGGUCCUAACAGACAGUGGACGACACGGUCUUGUAAACCAGUGAACUCUAUAGUUAAUGGGAAUUGGGGUUCUUGGGGGCAUUGGAAAUCCAUCGGUACAUGCUCAAAAUCGUGCGGCAAUGGAAAACAAAUGUGGGCAAGAGAGAGAACCUGUUCUAACCCCGCUCCUAGAUGUGGAGGGAAAUCAUGUCCCGGGACUUCCAUCUCAAAGCGAUACAAAAAAUGUUUAGUACAGAAAUGUGAAGUUGACGGUGGUUGGAGUGCAUGGGGGGCCUGGACCUCGUACAAGACGUGCUCCAAAACGUGCGGAAGUGGUCAGCAGUUUAGACAUAAAGUUCGAUAUUGCACAAACCCCCCACCUUCCAAUGGAGGAAAAAAGUGCAAAGGAAAGGACAAGGAAAAAGAUUACAAUAUAUGUAACGUUCAUCACUGUCCAGUGGAUGGGAAGUGGAGUGAAUGGGGUAGCUGGGGCCACUUCCGGCACUGUUCCGAGACCUGUGGGUACGGAGUGAAGUAUCGAUACCGUCACAGAGCUUGUAACAAUCCUGAACCCAAGUAUGACGGCAAGAAGUGUCCGGGCUUACUGAAAGACGAGGAGUUCAAAAGAUGUUUUCUUCGAAAAUGUCCAGACAAGCGUGUUAAUGGAAAACUCUCCAAAACAUCCGGGAAGUCAGCAAAGCAGAAGUAAGGCUGUAAUGGUACUCCUAUUUACCUAGGUUCUCCGGCAAGGAAAUACCACAGAAAGAGGAUGCCUUAAAGUUUGAGAAUUAGAAUCCCUUAUCACAUUUCUGUCUAAUGUUUUCAUGAUGUAUAACAAUAAAGUUGGC